AUGCCCAUCUCGGGGUCUUCGGCUACCCAAAGCAUCGAGAACUCCAGUACUGACGGUAAAACCCCCGGCUUUCUACUUGCCACGGAUGCAGCCGUGAACCCUGUUGGUGCUGCUCCCGGACGUCUUCGCCUCGCCGAGUACCCCGUCUCCACCCUCGCUACCGACCUCUCCCAUGGCUUUGCCAGCCUCCACUACCGGGGCCAGAGCGACACAGAGAAAACCAUCGCCGUCCUCCGCGCCUGGAACCUCAUGUCGGGCACGCAUCGGCAGGAUAGCUCUUACGGGGCCUUCAAUCAAGUGGUGCGAGCCUUGGCGCUGGACCACGUCACGGCCAUUCUCGUGCAGCAACGUCCUCCAAACUGCCGGGAUAUGCCGCCUGGUACCCCUCUGUAUGGGCCCAUGUCCGAGGUUUCUGACGACAGCGAUCCUAGCGAUCUUUUGCACGAAGGGUUUCGUGGUUUUGAAAGUGGAGAAGGGAAAGCCGUGGCGUACUAUGUGAUGGAAGGCGGGCACGUACGCCUGAGCGUCAAUCCCCUCUUUGAGUCCAUGCUCAUGUCGAUGACCGACGCCCUCUCCCUUCUCGAACAUCACCGGAUGCUUCCCAUUUUCCUGUGGGGGUGCCUUUUCACCCCGUUCUCCCAACGAAAGCUCUACGGUCGCUUGUCCCAGGCCAUCUUUUCCGCCGCUUCGCCU